GGUAACAUAUCUAUGCGGACAAAGGCCUGAGGCAUAAUCGAAAAUGGAAGUCGCGCCGAAUGCAUACCCAAAAAAGAUGAACAGCACGUACGAGGACGAGGAAGAGAAGAAGCAUUUUCAACGUAUCGUUUCGGCCUUCAAAUACUACAAGCCUCACUCAUUGCAACGAGUAAAGAAAACCGAGCGAUAUCUACUUUCACUUCCACCACACCAUCAGAAAUUAUUGACCAAGUAUAGGGAACACUUGGUCGAUGUUAAAAGAUGUAUCGAAAAUAACGACGAAAUAAUUAAACUCAUCAUAAAAGACGUGACACACAUUUUUGAAAAUGUUAGUCCAACCAGUUCGUCAACCGACAGUGUAAGACCAGUUUCUAUGACUCUUAGUCAUCGUCCAAUAAUGGCGGAUCAGGAAAAGGUUCAAGCUACAAUCAAGCAGUUAGUACGCGACUGGAGCACAGAAGGCACGGAAGAAAGGAGAACUUGCUAUCAACCGAUCAUCGAUGAAAUCAUAAGCAAAUUCCCUUUGGAGCACUGUACGCCAGCGGAUAUCCGAAUUCUCGUACCUGGUGCAGGACUUGGGAGACUUGCUUACGAGAUCGCAAGGAGGGGUUACACUUGUCAAGGAAAUGAGUUUUCACUCUUCAUGCUCUUUGCGUCCCAUUUCGUAUUAAAUAAAUGUAGAAGCAUAAAUUCAUUUAAAGUUCAUCCAUGGGUACAUCAGUAUAUGAAUAAUUUGCAACCCGAACACCAAACGCAAGAGGUUUACUUUCCAGACGUAAAUCCCAGUGACCUUCCAGAAAAUGCACAAUUUUCAAUGGCAGCGGGUGAUUUUCUCGAGGUUUAUACAGAAGAAAAUCAUUGGGACUGUGUUGCUACAUGUUUUUUUAUUGAUUGCGCAAAUAAUGUGGUACAAUUUAUAGAAACAAUCUAUAAAAUACUAAAGCCUGGUGGGAUAUGGAUCAAUCUUGGUCCUCUUUUAUAUCAUUUUAGUGAUAUGCCUAUGGAAGAAUCUAUCGAGCCAAGUUACAGCGAAGUGCGUGACGUCAUUCGAGGACUUGGUUUCCAAAUAGAGAAAGAAGAAACGCACGUUAAAACGCGCUACGCCCAAAAUGUUAACAGCAUGCUUCAAUAUGAAUAUAAUAGUGUUUAUUUUGUUUGCCAAAAACCAAAAAGGCCUACAACUAGCACUGAACAACCAAUGAGCCAAUCCAACGGUUCAGAAACUAAUGGAUUACAAGAACAAGAAAAUUAAUAGUUCGUGAUUUAAUUGUGUUUCACUCAUAAAGAUGUUUGAAGGAUUCAUAAUUUCAAGCCUUCAGCUUCUCAAAAGAUGCAUCAUUUUCGGUAUAACUUGUAUAAUUUUUAAAAAUAUCUUUCAAUUUUCAAGUAACUUUAUUAUUUCCAU